AUGUCGAGAGAAGGAUCACCAAGAGAAAAACCUACAGAUGAAUCUGCAUCAACUCAUCAACCUUUAUCAGUUAUGGAUGCAGGAUCUGUUGAUACUCAAGUCACACCAGAUGCACAAACACAGGAAGUUUUAAAUUCUGAAAAUGAGCUUUCUACUUCAAUAACACUUGAUUCAACUCAAAUACCAUCACUACCUGAACUAACUCAGGAAAAUAAUGAACAACAAGAAGAACAAGAAGAAGAAGAAGGAGGAGGAGGAGAAGCAGAUGAACAAACAACACAAAUUGAUCAACAAGAUAUUCAACCAGAACAAAUUACAACAGUUACAGAUAAUGAAAAUCAAGAUAUUGUUGAAAAACCAGAACAUGAAAGUCCACCAAGACUUCCAGAUACAUUCUAUUAUGAUGCAGAAAAAAUUCAUGCUAAACCAUUAACAACAAAUGAAGCGACAUUCCCACAAAAUACAUUAACAAUGUUUCGAUCAUUUGCUUAUGAUUGUGAUAAACGUGGAAAUUUACAUAUAUUAGAUAAUAAAACAGUUAUGUUUGCUGCUGCUUGUGUUAUUGAAAUAAUUGAUUUACCUAGUGGACAGCAUAGAUACAUUCAAACAACAGGUGGUUAUAGUAUUGGAGCAGUUGUUGUUCAUCCAAAUAGACAAUAUUUUGCUGUUGGUGAAAAAGGUGAUAUUCCAAAUAUAGUUAUAUAUGAAUAUCCAUCAUUAAGACCUUAUAGAAUAUUAAAAGCUGGUACACAACGUUCUUAUGCUUAUCUUGAUUUUAAUACUGAAGGUGAUUUACUUGCUUCACUUGGUUCAAGUCCAGAUUAUAUGUUAACAAUAUGGGAUUGGCGUGAUGAAAAGAUUUUAUUACGUAGCAAAGCAUCAUCACAAGAAGUUUUUAAAGUAUCAUUUUCAAAAGAUCUUAAAGGACAUUUAACUACAUCUGGUAUUGGUCAUAUUAAAUUCUGGAAAAUGGCUCGAACAUUUACUGGUUUAAAAUUACAAGGUGAAUUAGGUCGAUUUGGACGAACAGAAAUUUCUGAUAUUGAAGGUUAUCGUGAAUUACCAGAUGGAAAAGUUAUUUCUGGUACUGAAUGGGGUAAUAUGUUAUUAUGGGAUGGUGGUUUAAUUCAAAUAGAAGUUUGUCGUAAAAAAGGCAAACCUUGUCAUAAUGGUCCAAUACAACAAGUACUUUUAAAUGAAAGUGAUGUAUAUACUGUUGGUGAAGAUGGUUAUAUACGUAUUUGGGAUUUUGAAACUAUUGAUACAGCUGAAGCAAUUGAUGAAGGAUCAAAAAUGGAAAUGGAACCAUUGAAUGAACUUCGAGUUGGAACAGAUAGUAAAUUAAUGGGAAUCAAACAUGGAGUUGUUGAUGAUAUGAGUCUUUGGUUUGCUCAGGAUGCAAGAGGAAAUAUUUGGAAAUUAGAUUUAACAUUUUCGAAAAAUAGUGUUGAUCCAGAAGUUCUUCUUUCAUUUACAUCAGGUGCUGUAACUGGUCUUGAUACUUCAUCAGUUUAUCAUAUGUUUACUUGUUCGGCUGGCAAUACUAUUCGAAUUUAUAAUAUUCUUACACAAGAAAUUUUAUCUCAAAAAAUGUUUGUAACAAAUGUUACAAGUUUAAAAUGGCUUCCAACUGUUUUUGAUGAAAAAUCUGAUGGAAUAUUAGUUGGAUUUUCUGAUGGUGUUAUACGAUAUUUCAAACUUCGUUCGGGUAUUAAACCAAAUGGAACAGAAAAAAAAUUUGAAUUUGAUUUACGAAUGAUACAAGUUCUUAAACCACAUACAAAAUCGGUUACAUUUAUUACUGUAGAAGUUAAAAAUCAAUGGAUAGCUACUGGAAGUACUGAUGGAACAGUAUUUUUCUUUAAUUUUACACCAAAAGGUUUAAAUCCAAUUGGUUUUGUCAAUGUAAACGAGACAAUAACUUUUAUGACAUGGACACCAGCUCAAUAUGAUAAAACUUGUCUUCUUGUUUGUUUGAACAAUGGUGUUAUACUUGAAUAUGAAGGACCAGGUGGUAUUAAAUUUGAUACAUCAACAUCAUAUUUAAUUGAAACACAAUUACCUGUACGAAUAUUUCGUUUUCGAAGUAUUAAAUCUCGAUUACGACAUGAAGAAGAACUUGAACGAAAACGAAAAGAAGAAGAAGAACGACAAAGAAAAUUAGAAGAAGAAAGACGUUUACGUGGUAUUGAAAAGAAAGAGAAAGAAGGUGAACGACCUACGGAACAAGAAGAAGAAGAAAAAAAAGAAGAGGAUGAUUGGAAACCAUAUAUACCUGAAACACCUAGUGCAGCUUUAUUUGCAGCUUAUACAUCUCCAGAUACAUUUUGGCUUUCUAUGGAUAAUUAUGAUGCUGGAUAUUUAUAUCAUUGUCAAUUUUCAAAUAAAGAUGAUCGUUUUCAAUAUAAUCCAGAACGACAAGAUACUAUAGUAAAUACUUUACCUGUACCAAAUACAGACUUAGCAGAUGGUAAUGAUAUUCCAUUAACAAGUAUUCUCAUUAGAGAAAAAUUAAAUUUAAUAUGUGUUGGUUUAAAAAAUGGUUUUAUACGUAUUUAUCCAUAUGGUGGUACACAAAUAUUUCAAUCACUUGAUGAUUAUUGGACAAGAGGAUCACAUGAUACUGAAUAUGGAAUUGUAACUCAUUUAAUUACAUCAUUUGAUGAUCGUUUUGCAUUUUCUGGUGGUGCUGAUGGAAAUAUAUUUGGUUAUGUUGUUAAAGAAGAUUUAAAUAUUUUUCAAGAACAAUUUGAGAUACCUAAAAUGCCAGCAUAUACAGGUGAAAUCGAACCACAAGAUAUAACUGAACCGAAACAUUAUUCAAUUGAAGAAGAAAAACAAAGAGCUGAACAAGAUAAAAUGAAAAAAUCAGCUGAAGGAUUAAAAAGUGAAAUGCGACAAAGAGUUGAAGGUUUAAGAGGAAAAUUUCGAAGAUUAUUAAUAGAAAAUGAUCAAUUACCAGCAGAUUUAAGAACAGCUCGUCAAGAUUUUAUUCUUGAUGAAAAUAUUCGACAAAAUUUUCUUGCUGAACUUCAAGAUAAAAUUGAUCUAUCUGUUAAAGAAUUAGCAUGGGAAUCUGAACGUUGUAAUGUUGCAUUAAGAAAAUUAGAACAAUGGUUUGUCGAUCCUGUUGCUCAAGAUGUUGUUUCAGUUAAAAGUUUUGAUGGUCAAUGGGAAGUUAGUACAUUUCGUACUAUCGAAUUACCGAAGGAUUUUUAUUCAUUACAAGAAGAAAUUGAACGACAAAAAAAUGCUUUACUUGAUAAAGGAAAAAGAAAAGAGACUAUUGAAAUUUCUGAUGAAAAAGCUGGUGAAAGUCGAGAAGCACGUACUACUGAAUCGAAAUCUUCAACAACAAAAUUAAAAGGUGCUAAAGCAAUGCGUGUAGAACGUUUAUUACGUAAAAUGGAAGAACGUGCUAAACGACGACAAAAACGAAAAGAAGAGUGGACAGCACUUUAUCAAAAGAAAAAACCAGAAGGAUAUGCUGAUCCAGUUGAAGUUGAAAAUAUUCGUUAUGCAAAAGAUAAUAUGGGAAAUUAUUUUUUAAAAUCAGCAUCGGAUUAUGUUGUACCAGUUGAACAACGGCUUACUGUUCUUCGAGCACUUGAUAGAAUCAUGAAAUUGAGAUUUGUGACAUAUACAUAUAAAAUGAAAUUUAAUCAACGUGUUUUGGAUCUUAUUCAACGUAAACGUACUCUAACUGAACAAAUAAAUAAUGAACUUGUACGAUUACGAAAUCUUGGUCAAAGUCAGCCAAAUUAUGAAGAAUUAUUUAAUAUUCCUCUCUUACCAUCUGUUCACGAUGGACAAGAAAAUCGUUUUCACUUUACUCGUGAAGAAAUUCAAGCAUUUCGUGAAGAACAUGAACAACGUAAUGGUGAUUUAACAAAACCUGAUGAAGAUUCAUCAAAUACAAACACUCGUCAAUCAUCAAUAAAACGUCCGAUUGAUCUUCGUUGGUCUGUAAAUUUAAAAGAACCAUUACCAUCUAAUAUUCUCAAUAGAAAUCGUUCUAAUGAAACUACUACAAAUGAUAAUACACCAAUUAAUAUCUUACGUGAAGUAAACGAUCCUGAAAAUUCAAAUUUUGAUCCAUUCACUUAUCGAUCAUUUUUUGAACGUGAUCAAAUACUUGAAAAUGUUAAAGAAACAAUGCGUACAUUUGAUAAUGAUGUUUGUCUAUUAUAUUAUCUUAAAAUGAUAAAAACAUUACGAGCUAAAGAAACUGAUCUUCGAUGUAUUACAUUCUAUGAAGAAUUAAUGUUAAUGAAAGAAUUUGAACGAACAGAAAAUGACUUAGAAAAUAAAGUUGUUGAAGCACAAAAACGAUUUGAUAAUGAACAAACAAAAAUAAAUGAAUUCAAUGGAAAAAUUGAUCUAAAAAAAAAAGAUAUUGAAAAUUUAGAUGAACGAAUGAAACAUAUUUAUGCACGUUUUGAUGAAAUGAUACCAAAAGAACAUAAAUUUUAUAAUUAUCUUUUACGAGUUUUAAAUAAGAAAAUUAAACGAAAAAAACGUGUUGAAGGAGAAGAAGCAGAUGAUGCUGAUGAUAUGUCUCAAGAUUUGGAUGAAGAAGAAGAUUGGGAACUUGAAGAUGAAGAAGAUGAGGAUCAAAUAGCUAAUGAAGAUCCAACACGACAACUUGAUGUUGAUAUUUGUCCACCAAAUCUUGAUCAAAAAGUAUAUGAUGAUGUUGUUGCUUUACGUGAAAAACGACUUGAUCUUGAUGAAGCAAUAACGGAUGAAAAAUCCGUUUUACAAUCAUUACAACAAACACUUGGACAAACACAAAUUUAUUCGAAUAAAAUUGAUGCUGAAUUAAAAUCAAAACAAGCUGAUUUAAUUGAUUUUCAAAAAAAGAAACAACGAAAAAUUAAUGAUAUUAAUGUUGCUAUUGGUAUUCGUUGUCAUCAAAUUCGUUAUGAUCGUUCAACUCAUUUACCAGAUGAUUUAUCUGAUGCAUUAAUCUUUAAUAGAAUUAAUAAAUUAGGUUUAACAAAUCGUAUAGUUGAUGUUAAAACAGAAAUUAAACGAGAAAAAGAACGAUACGUAAAUAAAAAACAAGAACGAAAAGAUUUAUCACAUGAAUUAAAACAUGCUGCUCAGGUUAUAAAACUUUUAACUGAUGAAUGUAAUAAAUUAAUGGUAGAAAAAUUUGGUAAAUUAGUUCAAUUAGAAAAAUUAGAAGGAGCUAUUGUUAAUUUACAAAUCGAAGAGCUUAAACAAAAACUUGAUGAUGCUGGUGAUGAAUAUUAUAAUACAAUGACACAAUAUGAGCUUCUUAAAAUCGAAGAACAUGAUGAUACAAUUGAUUUAUUGAAAACAAAUACAAAACGUCUUGAUGAAUUAACUCAACUUGUUGAUGAAAAACGUCUUCUUGAUGAACAACUUGUUUCACGCAAAACAAAAGCUGCUGAUGAAUUUACGGGUCCAUCAAAACAAAGUAUUGAAGAAUUUGAUCGUUUAUGUACUCUUGUUCAAUUACAAGCACAAGAAAUUGAAGCCUUAAAAGCUGAAAUAAGUAUUUUAUCACGUAAAGGUGGACAUAUUUUACCACCAAAUCCAGCUAUACUUCCACAAAAUUCGUGA